UCUAAAUUCAAACAUUAAAUUAAAAUGGCUCAAGACGUUUUAAAAAACAUUACAGAUAGACUUGAUAAUACCAUUAAAGAAACCAAUGAUUUCUUUAAAUCACUCAGCAUUGGUAAUGUGAGUGGAGCAAAAUUAAAGAUACUUAAAGAUUCUGAAGUGGAUGCUCCUGAUAAAAAAUGGGUUUUGCCUUACACGCUUCCAGUAUUGAAGGCUUUAACACAAGGAACUGCAAGAGAAGGUGAUAAACCUAUAGUGUUACCUGCUCCAGUCCUUACCGGUAGGGCUGGGAAUGUUAGUAGUUUCCAAACCACAACUAGGGAGAACCCUGAGUAUCCAGAUUUAAACACAUCCAAAUAUGAAGAGAAGUAUAACUCAUCUUUGGAGGGCUGGACCGAAAGGCAGAAGCGCUUUUUUUACAGGUUUGCGGCUGACUCUGAGAAAAAGAUGCGUCAAGAAAGUCUAAGGUUACAGGACGAAUACAAUAAACAGCUUGCAACUAAGUUGGCAAUGGUGAAAAAUGAGCUUUAUGAGACUAACAGGAAGAAUUUACUUGAGCUUCAAGAAAUGAAAUUAGAGCGUGAACGCUGGUUGCUUGACGAGUCUGAUACCAAAAAUAGCCUUGAGAAAGUUUCCAGUGCUUUUGAAAGUCUUCAAAAAUCCUACGAUAACUUACGCCUAGAACUAGAUGAACGUGAAUUUAAAAUCAGUAACUUAAAUGGGGAGCUAUCAAAGAAUGAAAGACUUCUGAAUGCUUUGAGAUCAGAUAACGAAGCUUUGCAAACAGAAUUGCAUGGCAGAUCUGAACUUAUAUCCAGACUACAAACGGAUGUGGCAGAUGCCUAUUUAAGACUAGAGAAUGAGACUACCAAGUCUGCAAAUCUGGAGCAGGAGCUUUAUGCUCUAAAUCAGGAGAAAAAAGAUUUACUAGAGGUUAAUAAGGACCUUAAGGCUCAAGUUGACUCUUUACUUCUCAGCAACAAAUUCCUCUUAAAUGAGAAGGAGUCUUUGGAAAAUCGCAAAUGUAAACUUGAACAGGACGUUUCAGACUUGAAUAGGACAGUUUAUUCUCAGCAAAACCUCCUUCGUAGCUUUGAAAUUUCAGAAUCUUCUAAGAUAACUGCUCUUGAGGAAAAAGUUAACACACUUCAAAACCAGCUUAAGAGGGCUCAAAUUGAUUUACUGGCAGCUGAUAACCGUCCUGAACUGGAAAGCUUAACUAGGGAAGUUAACACUUUAAGGGCUCAUGUUAAACAAUUAAAUGCAGAUAAUGACGCCAUGUUUAAGGAGAAUUCCAUUAUACUUAAGAAACUUGACCAGGAAAAGGCUCUGGUCAAGGAACACUUAAACGAACUAUAUGUUACUAAAUGUAAGGCUAAUAACUUAAGACAUCAACUUAAAUCUCUACUACAGACCACCUCUAGGAACAACGAUACUGUCACUGUGAGUCCUGAACUACUUGAGUUGUACAAAGAAAAGUUAGCUGAAACCAAUUCUAAGAAGGAAAAGCCCAAGGAUUUAUUUCAGCCAACUAUGUUUGAUGGUCCUGAUGAUGAGACUCAAAUAAAAAUCGACGAUCUUGAAAAGGAACUCACUGAGCUUUACCUUGAGAAGGACCGGCUUGAAUCUGAGAUGAUACGCUGUAAUUUAGGUCCCGGAUCUCCUUCUCGUGUUAAAAGGCAGCAUUUUCUACUUGAGGGCAAACUUGCGGAAACACGCAAAAAAAUUAAUGAACUUUCCACCAGAAUUAAACAGCUCUACAAGAAAUAAAAUAUUUAAUACAAC